UCUUUUUGUCUCUUCCCAAGACCUUCCCUUCAAAAUCCAGUUACUAUAUCUGUCACCAGAUCCAACAAAAACCAAUCCCUUCAAGGCUUUUCGGUUUGUCUUGUGCUUAAUUCUCCUCCCUCAAAAAUUUUCUCCUGUGCCAUCAUUGCCAUUGAAGUUCAUGGGUCCAAAGAGCCAGAAACAGAGUCAGGUUUGGUGUGUGCAGCCUCUAACACCGUUAAUGGAGGGUCCCGACCCUGGAGCACAGGGUGAAUCCAGAGCCAAGAAGGAGAAAUCCUGGGAAGUGAUCCGAACUUGGGUUCGGUCGCAAUCUGGAAGUCACUUACAUUCGUUGAAGGGAUUGGAUUUGAGGCUGGUUCUCGGAGUUCUCGGAUCUCCACUUGCUCCAGUUCCCUGGCCUUCUGAUCAGCCGACUCACCCCUUUACUCUGGGAAACACCCUCAAUGACAGCCCAAUAGAAACUUUAUCGGCUAGGUACAUAAUUCAUCAGUACCUAGCAGCUACCAGUUGCAUGAAACUGCAGUUUAAAAAGAGUAUGUAUGCGGCUGGAAGCGUGAAAAUGGUUCGGUGCGAGACAGAGAACGGGUCGGGGAGGGUCGAUCAGAGGAGAUCUGAGCCGCCUGGAAAAUGUAGUGGUUGGGGAGGAAACGGCUCUGCUUCGCCGUUGAGUGGACAGAUGUCGCAGGAGUGGCUUACUUACUCGAGGUUUACAAUUUUGCAAAUGAAAACACAGGGCUUGGAUCCAAAGAGCACGGCGAGCAUGUUCACAAAAGCCCAGUGCCUAGGGGAGAAACGCGUCAACAACGACAACUGCUUCGUCCUCAAAGUAUCCGCGGACCGAGCAGCCGUCGCGGAGCGCAGCGAUGCCCACGCCGAAGUCAUCCGUCACGUCCUCUACGGCUACUUCAGCCAGCGAAGCGGUCUACUCAUCUACAUCGAGGACUCGCACCUGACUCGAGUCCAGACCCCGGGAUCCGACGCCAGUUACUGGGAGACGACCAUCGGGACCACGAUCGAGGACUACCGAGGGGUCGACGGAGUGCUUGUUGCACAUAGAGGGAAGACGGUGGCGACGGUGUUUCGGUUUGGAGAGGGGUCGGGGAGUAGGAGUAGGACGAGGAUGGAGGAGGAGUGGAGGAUUGAGGAUGUGGUGUUUAAUGUCCCUGGGUUGUCUGUUGAUUGUUUUAUCCCGCCUACCGAGAUUUUGGGCGUGGUUAAUGGUUGAGGGGUGGGACGAAUGGUUAAAAGAAGAGGGGGUUGUGUUUGUAAAUGGCAAUGCUUGGGUUAAUUAGUGAGGAGAAGAGACUGGGAUGCACGUUUGUGUAUAAGCCCAGCGAGUGUCUAAUUUUGAUAAUAUGCUACAGUCAGUUCAUUUGCCUCUUUA